UUUUUUCCUGCAAAUUCUCUCUUGCUCGCUCUUCCUUUCUUGUCUACCAAGCAACGAUGGACGCCUUCACGUCUUUCUUCGAUUCCCAAACGUCGUCGAGAAACCGCUGGGCCUCUGAGUCUCUCAAGAAUUUCCGUCAGAUCUCUCCCGUCGUUCAGAAUCAUCUCAAAUUGGUUUACCUCACUCUAUGCUGUGCCCUCAUUGCAUCAGCUGCUGGAGCCUACCUCCAUAUCCUGUGGAACAUCGGAGGCAUUAUCACCACUCUUUCUUGCAUGGGAUGCAUGGUGUGGUUACUCUGCACACCAACCUAUGAAGAGAAGAAGAGGGUUUCUCUCCUGAUGGCUGCUGGUCUCUUUGAGGGGGCUACGAUUGGGCCUUUAAUUGAACUGGCCAUUGAGAUUAACCCAAGUGUCUUGAUCAGUGCAUUUGGAGGAACUGCUCUGGCCUUUGGUUGUUUCUCAGCAGCAGCCAUGUUGGCAAGGCGCCGGGAAUACCUUUACCUGGGGGGUUUGCUUUCUUCUGGCCUUUCUAUGCUAAUCUGGUUGCACUUUGCUGCUUCUAUCUUUGGGGGUUCUGCAGCACUUUUCAAGUUCGAGCUGUAUUUCGGGCUUUUGAUUUUCGUGGGCUACAUGGUAGUCGACACCCAGGAAAUGAUUGAGAAGGCACACCAUGGUGACCUGGACUAUGUCAAGCAUGCCCUGACCCUUUUCACCGACUUCGUUGCCAGUGUUUGUCCGUAUACUGAUUAUCAUGUUGAAGAACUCGGCUGAGAGGAAUGAGAGGAAGAAGAAAAGAAGGGAUUGAAGCUCUUCCUGUAACCCUUGUGAUGCUAAAUCCGAUCAUGACUUGUCUAUAUAUAGAGUUUUACAUCUGACCUUAAAUACAAAAUGUGGGUUUGAUAUACUCCCCACUCUUUGAUGGAUGAUAGACUGAUAGUGAUCGGAUAGUGUCGCUGCUGUUAAAUUUCUAUGUACGGUUUUGAAUGAUAUCGUUUUAAGUCGCAACUAAGCGUCUUGCUGUCGUCUGUUAAUAAACAGUUCCUUCUGCAGUAA